GCGUUGAAAAUAAAAAUGGAUGCAAGUGAGAGAUCUAAGGAUGAAGUCCUGUUGAAAAGAGGACUCAAGAGAGCCAAGUUGUUUCAGAUUCAGAAGUUAACGAAAAACAUAAGAUUAUACAAGAAUAAAAGAGGUAGUGAAGAACAGCUUGAGAAGAACAGAAGAAAGAGUGAGAGAUUUGCUCAAGAUUUAGAAACCAUUAAAGAUAUAGAUAUUACUAAAUUAUCAAAACUUCUCCUGUCAAAGGAUGAAGAUAUUUCUUCCAUCUUAACUACAAAGGAGAUGCCAGUAGAUGUCACUAAGAGAGCACAAUGGAGACUCCUUCACACAAAAGUUAUGAAAGAAACGUGUUUAACCAGCUUGUUUGAAAAUCCUUCACCUGUAACUGAUAAACCAGAAGAACUAAGUCAAAUGGAAGAUACUGACUCUGAAGAGAUUGAGGAAGAAAUGAACAAAGGGACUUUAAAUGUUGACAGCAGUGAAGAGCACGACAACAAUAGCAUUACUGAAGAGAGUUCUGAUGACAGUCAUAAAAAACAAAAGAAAGUAUUGCCUCAUCAAGUUCAAACUCUUUUUGUUGAAAGCCUUUCGAAAUCUAAUAAAGAUACUAGGAGAAUGAGCAGCACAAAGCAGGUGAAGUUUAUAAAGCAAAAAUCAGUCAAGAAAAAUCGUAUGGGCCAACGUCAAAGGCGACUAAUGUGGGAAUCUUUGUAUGGAGCUGGAGCUAAGCAUUUAAAAGAUGCUACCACAGUUAGAAAGAAGAAAAGAGGCAGCGAAUCUAGGCAUGAUAAAACAAAGGCUGAUAUCCAAUCUGAGAGCAAAGAUAAUUCUUCAAUUCAUCCAUCACGGGAAGCUAGUCGAAGGAGGAUGCUUUAGAAAAUGGCUAACAAUCAUUUAAAGGAAAACAUAUCAUAAUUGAUGACUCAGAUUAAUUAUAGCCAAUAUGUGUAGAUCUACUCUUGCAGGGGCUCCUGACU